GCGUCAACGUGGUGCUCCUCCCUAGGUGUGCGCAGAUGGCCAGCGGAACGCGGGUGUGGCCUCACAGAAGAGGUCGGGACAGGUCACUUCUCAGAAGUUCCUCAUGGGCUCAUCCAAAAGAGUGUCAUACUGGACAGUGGAGGAAGUUUACAACUGGGUGAAGAAGCAGUAUCGGGGUGAGCAGACCGCUCUGCAGCGGGCAGUGCUCAACCAUGCCAUCUCAGGUCGGGCUCUUCUGAGGAUGAGCAAGCACCAGCUUGACCGGCUGGGCAUAGAACCGGAGUCGCAGCAGAAGAUUCUACAGGAUCUCCUGCUUCUCAGGGUCCAAGAGGAACUGGAGAACCUCAAUGACAUCUUCUCUGAAUGUUUCUCAUCAUGACCAAACGCACUGUGGGGGGAUGUGUGUGGACUACAGGAUGUGGAUGCGCUCGACAUCUCUGCUGAAGAUGGACUGGACAUGGAGCAUCCUUCCUCCUGUGCAGGGUGGUGGACCAGAACGGACAACACUACACUGGUCAUGGCACCGUUUUAGGCACCACCACAAAAGAAGCCUCAUAAAGCCUCAAAAAUGUGUAUCAUGUCAAAAGGUUUUUAGAGUGAGAAGCCAAAAAAGGGCCACUAAAGUAUCACCAAGUAAUGAUUAGAUUGGCUAAAUGAAGCAGUUGAAUCCUGUGCAUGCAGUACUGUAAUUCAGGUCUAACAGUGGCAUACCCUCAGAAGACCUGAUAACAAAAUCAAAAUGGCUGCACUGGAUCUCAGGUCUAAGUACCUAAGACCAUCUCCUAUGUAGGUCUAUUUUCAAGGUCAGUCAUUUAAUUAAUAGCACAAUGUUACAGUUAAGCCAAAGUGCUUUCCAGUUGGAAAAUGGACAAUAAACAUAUUUAUAAAUAAAGGAAUAAGAAUUAAAAACACUGCAAAGGAAAUAUAUAAAGCGUAUUAAAAAUAAACAUAUAAAAUGAAUAAAGGCAUGAAUAAAGACAAAAUAACAAGGUCAUAUUAACCUUUAAUGCAUAACCUGGGUCAAAAGUGACCCGGAUGACUUCAAAUGUUGAAUAUUUUUGCGAUACAUUUAUUUCAUCAUGCAGUAUUCCAUGAAUUCCUCAAUUAACUUGUUUUUAACCAUUACAUAUCUUUAUUUUCAUUUUUCCAUUCUUUAUUUUUUAGAAAAAGUCGUUUAUGUAUUACUACCCCUUUAAUGCGUAACAUGGGUCAAAAAUGACCUGCAUUAAUUUCCUAUGGUAAUUCAUGCAUACAUGUGUUUAUAUUUGCAAUAUUUUAGGAAUUUAUUUAUUUCAUCAGUCAAUAUUCCAGAUAUAAAUGUAAUAUCUUGUUUUUGAUUAUUACAAAUCACUUUUUCCUUUCUCUGACACAAUAAGCAAGGUGCAAAUACAAUCAAAGUGGUUCAGUGAGUAGGAGGGCUAUUGUGUAAUUUACUUUUGAAGUAGGUCUACUUUAUUUUCUUUAGCUAGGUGGUCCGUGAGGCUUUUUUUUAAUUGAUUAAGUGGUCCUUGGUCUGAAAAACUUCGUCCAGUUUUCAGACAUGGGUCAAAAAUGACCCGCAUUCAUUUCCUAUGGUUUUUCAUACUAGGCUGCGUAUUCCUUUGCUAUAUCUAGUGAAAUAAUGUAUGUAUCAUUGAAUAUUGCAGUUCAUUUUGCAGUUGUUCAGUAAAAAUCCUUUUGAUUACUUCAAAUAAUUACAAAUAUAUUUUUUUCUAUUACUAAAUCAAGUUUACAGACAUAUGUCAAAUGUGACCCCUGUGUGCACUUUUGAUUAGAAGCAAAAACAAGAUAUAUUAAAACAAUUACUUUGAUAAAAGUAUUAGGUUGUAAUUGUUUUAAACAAAAUAACAACACAUACUAUAGUUGAAAUAUGUGAAAUACACAUAUUUUAUCUAUCAUAUCUCACUUUAUCACACAUGACAUCACUAAUAACCAAUCACAUGUAUUGAAAUAUACUAUAUCUGAAGUAUAGAGAACUGUGGUGAAUGUGUCCAAAUUAACUAAAGCUGAUUAAGUAAAACACAUGGGUACAAUAAAUGGCCAUUUCAGCACUACAUGACACUUGCAAAUUACCAUUACAUGUUUGCCCUUGUACACAGCUUUAGUGCAUUGGAAACACAGCUUCCAACUUUUAGUAUUCUGGGUUUCUGUGCAGCUCUAGCUCCUCUUCACUUGUCCUUCCUCUCUGAUGCCCUUUUGUGGCUCUGUUUGGUUUCCCUUUUCUACAUAUUUCAAUUGUGAGUAAUGGGUGAAUCUCAAUAUCCCUCCCUCAGCCCUGAACCCUCAAAGACUUAACUGCCAUCAGGCCAAACGUGAAAUUCAUGAUUUCAUGUCAAAUCAAUGAUUCAUGUCAGUUCUGUUUUUGAGGGUUCACAACUUAGGGGGUCUUGGGAUUCAGCCUAUAUGUGUUUGGAAGAAGGAAGUGACCUCCACACUGCUUAUCCUGUGUGGCAUGACAAGCUCUUUGCCCAGCUUAUUAUCAGGGUAUUGUGCAGUUAGUAUACUGUAUGCAUCAAGUGCAUCCAGUACAUUGGACAAGAGCACUAUGGACCCAUGGGCCAUCUCUAUCCCUGCUUUCAUUAGUAUGUCUACACAUCUAUGCAGAGAACAUAAAUAUGGCUCAUGCAUGGUUCCCUGGAGCACUGCACGUUGUCACCCCUCAAUACCAAUAGCAGUUUAACUGAUCAGCAUCCUGAUUGUAUCGGUGGAGUUACUGUACUAUGGAUGUUCAAAAUGGAACUAGGUGAAGUAUUCUCAUGACACAUAUGAAGAAGCGCAUGCAUGAAGGGCACGUCUG